CACCGAAAUCAGAGUUCACCUUAGGUUUUAUACUCCCCAUUUUUCUCCCCAUUUUAUACACCGAAAACAGAGUUUAUACUCACCAUUUUUCUCACUAUCCUACUGAACCAGAAAUUUUUUCACAUCUGCAAGAGUUCGAUAAUGGCUGGCACUAAGAGAGGAAGAGCUGGGGCGAGGAAGACGGGAAAGAGUUGCCCAGCAAAAGUGAAACCAGCGCCACCUGAACCUUCUCAAGGCUCGGCCACCAUACAUAGCGAUUCUGCAGAUUUGGACUUCUUACCAUCCCGGACUGUUCUGAGAAAUGUCCGUGCUCGAUCAGCUUCAUUACGUUAUCCAUUUCGAUCUUCAGGAACUCUACACAAUGCGGCCUCAGAACAAACCCCUAAAGAUCUAGCCUCCCAAGCGCCAGCUGGCUCCCCAGAGCAGUCGAUCCUCAACAACAUUCACAACACCGAAGAAGAACACUCGUCGCCACUCAGAAGGGCCGACAACACCAAAGUCGCAAAUUCCAGCAAGGGCAAGUCCCCGUCUCUCGAGCCAAUCAUUAGCCAGCCUGUCAAGUAUAUCGAUAUCCAAGUUCCCCUCAUCCAAUGCCACAACGAAAAGAGCACGACCCACAGCUUCAACGUGACCGAGAACGCCAGAGGGCUCCACGUCAGCAUGGAAGAAGAAGACCCCGACGACGAGGAGGUCGAGUCUUCCCUCGAGCCCGGUUUCGAGCUCGUCCACGGCCACAAGGUCAGGACCGAGACCGCACCACUGAUCAGAAGCAUAUUCGAAAAACACGGGGAUAUCAUGAGUGGGACCCACAUGGAAUCCCCCGUCUCCAUCUCCAACUCACUCGAGCAGCUGAGUGGGGUGUGUGGGAGGCUGCAGCGGGCGAGGUUCGUGGAGCUCACGCGCGCUGAGCUGGACGCCAUGCUGGCGGACGUGCGGGACAUGGAGCGGGCGGGGCUGAGGAUCGUUUGGCUGAGGGAAAGGCUGGAGUUCGUCUCGCGCACGUGGACGGACUACAGUCACUACUUCCGCAUGAAGGAGUUGGUGGCGGAGAACGAGUUGUCGAUAGGUGGGCUGGAGAAGGAGUUGGAUGAGUGCAGGCAGCAGCAUUUGGAGAUGGGGAGAAAAAUCUCGGGCUUGGAGGAUGAGGUGGCGGCCAAACGGGAGAGGACGGAGAGGAUGAGGAGUGCGGUUGUUAGCACGAGAAGUAGGGUUAAGGGUCUGGUGGAUCAGAGUUUGGUUGAAGGUCUUCUUUAG